CAUCCACCUUCCAAUGGAGAGAGACACAACAGGAAGAUGGUCUUCCUAGUUCGUAUGCCCCGGUCAUGCUUAUGAGGAAGUCUGCCGUCCUGAUCAACACUCUUGCAACCAUCAACGCCGUCCCCUCCUCGGUGUACGGAUCGUCAACGUCAUCAUCCAGCCGGCAGAGGAAGAGCACACGACCACGACAAUGUAUCGCAAACGAGCGAAGAGCAUACGCGACGAUAGCCGGUGACAACGGCAGUCAACGAGAACAUGUCGACCACGAACCCCAUGCCUGGCCGAAAGCGCCAAAAGGCCAGCCGCAUCCCACGCCGUAUCAGAUCCUCGCGAUGAAGUCGACCGCUACCUACUCCAAGACUCGCUACUACGAACUCGUCAAACUCUACCACCCCGAUCGAGGCAGUAGUGCGCCAUCAUCGCCCUCACACGAUCUCCCUCCUGCGGUGAAACUCGAGCGCUACCGCCUCAUCGUAGCAGCGCACACCAUCCUCUCCGACCCCACCAAACGCAGCGCUUACGACCGCUUCGGCGCAGGCUGGAACGGCCGAGCAGAAGUAAAAGGAGCAGGGAGCAGCGGAUACACAUCCAGCGCAGAGAAUCCCGCCGGCCCCUUUAGCAGAAGCUGGAACGACCCAAACGACCCAAUCUGGCAGAAUGCAACGUGGGAAGAUUGGCAGAGAUACUGGGAGUGGCGGGCGAGUCGCGAAGCAGGAGGCAGUGCGGCACGUCCUCGCCCCGCGCAGGCUCCCGUGUACUUUCGCAACUCCUACUUUGUCGUGCUCGUUGCUAUUCUGGCGAUGAUUGGGUCGACGGCGAACUCGAAGCGCGCACACGACGCCGGGACGUAUUUUAUCGAGCAGCGGGAUUUGAUGCACGAUCGGACGGCGAAGGAGUUAAGAAGGGUGAAGCGAGAGGCGGAGGGGAGUAGCUCGCGGCAGGACCGGAUUGAUUGGUUUUUGAGGAAUCGCGAUGCCACGCUGGGGUUUGGGAGUGCUGGGGAGGCGGAGGCGUUGCGGGAGGAGAAGGCGGAGAGGCAGUUGGGGGAGCGGGAGGUGUGUAAUAGUGAGGAGAUUGGGAAUGAGGGGGGUUGAUGGAGAUGGGAUUGAAGGUUUACGAACAUUGAACGAGUGCCAUGGCUGGCUGGGAGCAAUCAGGCAUUGGCAGGUGACGAGCUACCACGCGUCGAUGUCUACAGGAGGCGUGGUGCAAAGAUAGACAAGCCUUGCAUAUACACACAAUAGAGUGAAUGCAAUGAUCACGUGCAACGACCGCAAAAGUCGAAGCUGAC